UGGGGAGUCGGCCGCUUGGAAUCUGAGGUUAAUUUGGAUUUAGUUUGCUAGUCGAUGCGCCUGAAUUGAGGAAUUAGAGCCAUGCAAACGCCCUCCGGAAGGGGCCGCUCAGUAUCUUUAUAGAGUUGAUCGGAUGGUGUCUGGUAAUCCACAAUCAUCUUUCGUCGCGAUACAGGACCUACUAAUGAAUACUUUUGAACUCGUACUGCCAGUUUGUGAUCAACUCCAGCAAAACCAUUUGCUAUGACAGCUGUGUUUGCCUGCCUCUGUGACCUUGCCCGAUAAUGCUUUGAUGAUGGUUGAGAUGGUGGAUCCCAAGUGAAUCAGUCCGAACUACACAGAGUCCAGCCAUGUCAGAAGGAAGCCGGGAGAGUUGGAAGCAAUGUUGCAGAGCAACUGCAAAGAGAUUGCCGGUGCUAACUUGGCUUCCCAAGUAUUCUCUGCAGUGGCUACAGCUGGAUUUUAUGGCUGGGCUGACUGUGGGGAUGACUGUGGUGCCACAAGCUCUUGCUUAUGCUGUGGUGGCUGGUCUCCCCAUGGAGUAUGGUCUGUAUUCUUCCUUCAUGGGUUGUUUCAUCUACUGCCUUUUGGGGACCUCCAAAGAUGUAACGCUUGGGCCAACGGCCAUCAUGUCCCUGUUGGUGUCUUCCUAUGCAUUCCAUGAGCCUGCCUUGGCUGUUCUCCUCGCCUUUCUUUCAGGUUGCAUCCAGUUAGCUAUGGGGCUCCUCCAUCUUGGUUUCAUUUUGGACUUUAUCUCGUAUCCUGUCAUUAAAGGAUUUACUUCAGCUGCUGCAGUCAUCAUUGGCUUCAACCAAGUCAAGACACUCCUGGGUCUGCAGAAUAUUCCAAAGCAGUUUAUCCUACAAGUGUAUUAUACCUUCUGCAGAAUUACUGAGACAAGGGCUGGAGAUGCCAUCCUUGGAGUGUUCUGCGUAAUGGUGCUUUUGGUCCUGCAACAAAUGAAAAAAGGAAUCCCCAGGACCCAUCCACUGGAACCCUUGCCUGUCAGAAUCAGUCGAUAUAUAAUUUGGACAACAGCUACCGCCCGUAAUGCUCUUGUGGUUCUCUUUGCUGGCCUUGCGGCUUAUUCUUUCCAUGUGACCGGCUCCCAGCCUUUCAGCCUCACAGGAACGAUUCCCCAGGGACUCCCUCUGUUCCAGUCACCACCUUUCUCCAUCAUCACAUCCAAUCAGACUAUCGGUUUUAAGGAAAUGGUGCAGGCCAUUGGACCUGGCUUGGUGGUGGUGCCCCUCAUGGGACUGCUGGAGACGGUUGCUAUUGCCAAAGCAUUUGCAUCUCAAAAUAAGUACCAGAUUGAUCCCAACCAGGAACUGCUAGCCAUGGGGUUUACCAACCUGCUGGGAUCCUUUGUCUCAUCCUAUCCAGUCACAGGCAGUUUUGGCCGGACAGCAGUGAAUGCUCAGACUGGUGUAUCUACUCCUGCUGGAGGACUAAUCACAGGGGCCUUAGUACUCUUAUCCCUGGCCUACCUUACGUCCCUCUUCUACUACAUUCCCAAGACAGCACUGGCAGCGGUCAUCAUCUGUGCUGUGGCUCCAAUGUUUGAUGCCAGGAUCUUCCGCACAUUAUGGCAGGUUAAAAGGCUAGACCUGGUGCCUCUAAGUGUUACGUUCUUUGUUUGUUUCUGGGAAGUGCAAUAUGGCAUCAUAGCAGGGGUGAUAGUUUCUGGAAUUCUCCUGCUCUACCCCCUUGCCAGGCCUCGAAUAGAGGUUGUAAGGGACAAUGCAAUAAUCAUAAAGCCUGAGAAUGGCCUUCAAUUCCCUGCAACUGACUUCCUCCGGGAUAUCGUACACAAGCAAGCUCUAUCAGAGCCUCAGCAACGUAAAGUCAUCCUGGACUGUAGCCACAUCAGCAGGAUUGAUUAUACUGUGGUACUGGGUCUGUCUGAACUUCUGCAGGAAUUCCACCACCGUGAACUUCAUUUGAUCUUCAUUGGCUUGCAGGCUCACGUGCUUGAAGUCUUGCUGGCUGCUGACCUGAAUGGCUUUCGUAAUUUUUCCACCCUAAAGGAUGCAAAAAGAAGUCUUGGAGACUUGCACGUUGCCUUUGAAGACAUGAUGGAUGACAUACAGACUACAGCUGGGAUGAUCCAGUGAAGGAAUUGAGCUCAUUAAUGACUAUGUCUGUCCAGUGGGAGAACCUCAAACUGGAGGAUAAAGUUUUGGGUCCAUAGAAUGGCAUAGUAGAGUCUUAGCAGAGUCUGCACUCUAUGAUUUAUGGGCAUUAAUACAUAUCUUUGUCAGGAUUAAGAAAUCAUUGGCAUUUUGGAAUCCUCUUAAUAGGAAAAAUGAGGAACUUCAGCUCAACAAAUAAAGAUAAAAACAAAUAAUUGAAAAUCAUUUCAGGAAUCUAGGAAAAACUUGUGAAGUCAGUGUGGGUUAAAUACUUCUAUGACUGUAGCUUAUCACAUUGGUGCCUCUAAUAUAUUUCUGAAAUUAAUGAUAUUAUUAAUGGAACACUAUUCUUCAGAAUUGCACUGUGUAUGGCAAAUUGUUUCCAGCUAUAUACUGUUAUCUCUAAUAUUCAUUUCAGUAAAAAUUGAAAUGUUAGAUCCUUUCUUUUGUGGAGUUUCUAUUAAGCCAGAUUAUUUGUCCUUGUAUAGAUCAACUUAUGUAUCUGAUGCAUUUGAACCACUUUUCUACUUGCCAUUCCAUUUUUUGCAUAGUCGCUGUCAUCCACUUGCGGCAUUCUGAUGUGUCCUGGUUAUUUAUCUGGCUGCUCAGUUGUCAAGAACCUUCACACACCAGCAAGACAUUGAUUAAGUAUCAUUAAGUGUUGACUCUUGGUAUCCAUGUAGACAGGAUUUGUCCAAGAUCUGUGUUCAACCUGGCAUGUCUCCUAAUGGUGCCUUCAUUGCUGUUACAAUCAAGUCCAUUCAGCUUGCUAUUACUUGUCCUCUUCUCUUUCUCUUCCCCCCCCCCCCCCAACAUCUUGAACUUCUCAAGCGAACUGGUUCUUGGUAUAAAUCUGUCCAAAAUACUAUCAUUUGACCCUGGUCAUUUAUACAUUGAGUGAGAACCCUGGAUUAAUUUGUACUAUGACCUAUUUAUCUGUUUUUUUUUUACUAGCCAUCCAUGGUAUUCUUAGAAGUCUUUUUUAGCAUCAAUGUUCAAAAGCAUAAAUGUUCUAUUUUACUUCUUUAAAGUCCAACCUUCAUAGCCAUAGAGUGUCACACUGGUAUUCAAGACUUGUAGAGUUCUGAUAUAGACAUGACAUGGCAUCUAAGCAUUUUUUUCCAAGGCUUUCACUGCUAUCCUGUUGGUAUGUGACUUAUUUUUUGACUGUUGGUUUGUUAACUGUUGAUAGUGUUAAAAGGCAGACAGUAUCCACCUUUUCAGCGUUGUCAAUUCUAACGCUGGUUGUACCUGUUGUCAUUAGCUUUUCUUUAUAUUUAAUUGGCAUCCCAUUUUUUGACAUUGUGCUCUUUGAUUUUCGAUACUAGACCUUGCAUAUCAUUUGCAUUUUCUGCUAUCAGGGUAGUGUCAUUAGCAUACCAUAGAUUAUUGAUGUUUGUUCCUCCAAUUUUAAAGCCAUCCUCUUCUAGCACUGCUCAACUUACUCCUAUAUAUAAUCGCUAUAUAAUCAAGAUAUAGGUUGAAUAAAAUUAGUAGUAUGAUCAGUUUGCUGAACUGGAACAAUGUUUCAUCUGGACUAAUUUGUUAAGGAUUUUACAUGAGGACAAUGAGAUUUUCUGAGAUUCCUAUUUUCCUAAGGACAUUUCACAACUUGACACAGUUGACAUAAUUAAAGGCCUUUCUAGAUUCAAUGAAGCA